AUGUUGUUCACUCCCAUCCUAGCUCUCGCCUUCGCGGCCAUCACCCCCAUCGUCAACGCAUACCCGAUCACGGGCAGCGUCGUCAACUGCCGCUCCGGCCCCGGAACCUCCCACUCCGUCGUCAAGAGCUACAAGAAGGGAACCGACGUGAAAAUCACCUGUCAAACCUCCGGCACCAGCGUCAAGGGCAACAACAUCUGGGACAAGACCUCCGACGGCUGCUACAUUGCCGAUUACUACAUCCGCACCGGAGUCAACGACUACGUGACCAAGAAAUGCGGUAGCAGCGGAGGUGGCAGCGGAGGCGGCAAGGGUAACCUGCCCGGCCUUGGAGCUACGCAGUCGAAGCACGCAAAGGCUAUCAUCGGGGAGGCCAAGAAGGAGGGUCUGGGUCGUCAGGGCUGUCUUGCUGGUAUUGCCACUGCACUUGUCGAGUCCAAUAUCUACAUUUACGCCAACAAGAAAGUCCCCGCUUCCCUGAAGUAUCCGCAUGACAAGGUCGGCUCGGACUACGACAGCGUUGGCAUCUUCCAGCAACGCGCUAUCUACUAUCCUAACAUUGCUGCCGACAUGGACGCUGCCAAGUCUGCUGCGCAGUUCUUCAAGCAGAUGAAGAACAUUAAGGGCUGGAAGACUAUGGAGGUUGGCAAGCUUUGCCAGAAGGUGCAGGUUUCUGCUUACCCUAGUCGGUAUUCUCAACGUGUUGCUGAGGCUAAGAAGAUCUGUGCUGCUGGUGGUCUGUAA